GCCCAGCACUCGCUGCCCGGUGACCGCCAUGGCGGCGCUGCUGGCGGCUCCAGCCCGCCCGAGCGGCGCGGGGCACGCCGGGAGCGGGGCGGCCGCGGCGGGGCAUUGUGGGGCCAUGGCGGCGCCCCUGGCGCGGGGCAGCGCCCGCUGGGUGUGCGGCGCCGCCGCGGAGCGCCCGUGGAGGCUUUUCGGGGCCAUGUGCUUGCUGAGGCUUCCCCGAAUCACGCAGCCUCUGGAAAAGGAGGAGGAAGAGGUGGCGGCGCUCAUGGAGCAGCUAGAGCUGGAGAAGAGCCAGUAUUCAGAUCAUGAAAUCCGCAAGCUGGAGGAGGAGGAGCAGCUCAGGAGGAAGAAGGAAAGCUUGUACGAUGAGGAUGAAGCACGUGGCCGGACGGUGAUCAUGGCUCAGGACCUGGAGGAGAAAUGGGAGCAGAAGUUCCUGCAGUUCAAAGCUGCCCCGCGGAUAACAGAUGCUGAUAAAAGCAACGAUCGAAAGUCAUUGAACAGGAAGUUGGACAGCAACCUGAUGCUUCUGGUGAAACAGAAAAUUGGUAACCAGGAGCUGUGGCUCCUGCCUCAAGCGGAGUGGCAGCCUGGAGAAACACUGCGGAGCACAGCUGAGCGAGCCAUGGCUACGUUUUUGGGAGAUCACAUUCAAGCCAAAGUCCUGGGGAAUGCACCAUACGGGAUUUACAAGUAUAAAUUCCCCAGGGCCAUCAGAACUGAGAAUAACGUGGGAGCCAAAGUCUUCUUCUUCAAAGCCUACCUCCAAAGCAGUGAUUUGUCCCAGGCAGAGCUGAAGGCAGAUUACCUGUGGGUCACAAAGAAGGAGCUGGGAGAUUACCUGAAGUCAGAGUACCUGAAAAAAGUCAAUCGAUUCCUCCUGGACUUGUAAGCAGUGGCCUGUGCUCCAGCAGAUGGGGAAGAUGUGGGACGUGGCUCCAGGGAGGAGCGUGGCUGCUGCUUUGCAUGGUUUGUGUGUAUGAGAUGUUCACUUGAGCUCUGGAGAAUAAUUUGCUUUUCCCUUAUUUUCCAGUUCUCUUCACUGGUCCUGUACUGAAUAAAUAUUAAAAUCUAUACUUGGAAGUGAA